ACGCGCACGUACUAACAGCAACGACCGGACCGUUGAACUUCAAAGUGGAAGAGGAAAGACUGGACCCAGAAGUUAUAGCUAGCUUGUUUACUCAGUAUCAGCGGCUACGCUGAUAAUAGUGGGAUAUCUGGAUCUUUUCUGCCCUCGGUAUCUGUAUACACUGGAAUACGGAGCACCUGUUUUGUUUGUGAUAGGCUGCUGAAAACUUUGGAACCCUCAAUAAGUUUGGAGCGGCUGUGAAACACUGACUUAGUAGUUAACCCAGCUGUCUCGCUUGAAUAUGGAGUUUUUCCUCCCUGUCAUGCGGGUGAUAUGCUCAGCACUUCUCUCAAGAUAGAGUACUGCACUACCACCUCUGGAUCCUAGUCAAGCUGCAGUGAAGACAGCUACAUUUUUCCUGUUUCCUCUGAAUCUCGAAGAGGUACAGUAAUACCAUUUUUAAUUGCUAACACUUUAAAAUUAAACUAUAGCCUAUGAAGUAGUUAGCUGUCCAAAUGAGGUGCAAUGAUUGUCAAAAUUAAUUUUGAUGUGAAAAGAUGGUUUCUCCAUUCAUUUUAGUAAAAUGCGAUAUGAUGGUUUCUCCCAGUAACAACAGAUUAAUUUAACACUUAUAUCCUCUAUGACGAACAGAGUGAAGCUCUGUAUUGAAAUUCUAAAGAAUUCAGACACUUCCGAGUUUUUAAUGGAUAUAGACAAAGGCGAUAAAGUCCAGAGACACAUCAGCUUUUUUGUGUGUGCUUUACAAUGAUGGUGUCAUUCUAGUAGGAGCAGUGUUGCAGGGCUCCUGUAUCUUACCCUGCACACAGUCUCUGAAUUAAUGAUGGGAGUCCUACUUCAGCAGCCAAGCGCCAAACUACACACUGGUUUGCAAACAGCAUAAAGGUACCUCAGUAUGGUGUUAUUGAUAAGGGAAGGACGAUCUAGUCUGUAAAAUGACUCAUUCCAGAUGGUGGAUUAUGAUGCUUGGAGGUAAUAUUAGUGUAUAAUUAUGGAUUUUGUUUUGCUAUUGAUGACUGAACCAUGCACUAAUAAAAUGAAAUGUGUAGUUUGUAAAGUGAAUGGAUCCAUAAUUGGUAGCAGCAUGGCUGAAGUCCAGUGAAGAAAUUCAGAGAAAAACCUUCAUGCUAAUCCUGUCUGAGACUGAGAAUCCGCAUAAGCGUGAUCUUAAAUAAGGAACUAUAAAAGGAAAACAGUCCUUCAGUCAUUCAUAACCUUCUUGAGGGCGUGGCCAGUGAAGUCACAUAUACGGUAGGGGUGGGGGGUGGACUACUCUAAGAUUGCAUGGGCAAUGAAAAUGAAUUAUAGUAGUUGUUUAUGGUGUAUGCUUGUGGUUGUACAUGUUUUUCUUUCUUUUCUUUGUAUUUUAGUGCUUAGACAUCAAAUGACCUUUAAAGUAAGUGUGUAGUAUGUGGGCCAGUUGCUGUAACUGGUUCUGCUUGGACUCGUCCAACAUGGAGGAAAGCGGUACAAUUAGAACUAACUCGCGCCACCAAGCGUAUACCAACUCUGGCUACAGUAGCUACCCAUCUCCCCCACCUCCAGACCACACCUGCAAGGCCUGCGGAAGACGCUUUGACACUUUGACCAGGAAGCAUAUAUGUGUGGACUGCAAGAAGAGUUUUUGUGGCCGCUGCUCUGCUCAGUCGGUGCCCCUCCCACGGCUAUGCCUUACCUGCCAUCGUUUCCAUGGCACCAUGUUCGAACGAGCGGAGCUAAUGAAACUAAAAGUAAAGGACUUGCGGGACUACCUACACUUGCAUGAAGUUCCUACACAAAUGUGCAGAGAGAAGGAGGAACUUGUUGACCUGGUCCUCGGCCAACACACACCUACCUCUGACACCUCCACACCAACUCAGACACAUGAUCACACACAGCCAUCUGAGCAGGAAGCCCCCUCUGUACCAACCCCAGCGACUGUGCAGCCCCGUGCAGGGAACAGUGUUACAACGGAUGUGGCUUCACAGUCACACACAGCAGUGGAUGAACAGAGCCCAUCUGUAGCAGAGGAACCAGUUCAUAUUGAAGUGGACACAGAGCUUCAAGGGGAGCAGGAGUCCCAGUCAUCAGACUCUGAGGAGGUCUUGCCCUCUGGUCGGCGGGCAUCUUUGUCAGACUUAGGGUCUGUGGAGGACAUUGAGGCUCUGAGUGUACGUCAAUUAAAGGAAAUCUUGGCAAGGAACUUUGUCAACUACAAAGGCUGCUGUGAAAAAUGGGAACUAAUGGAGCGAGUCACACGCCUAUAUCAUGACCAGAAGGACCUGCAAAACCUAGUUUCUAAUACCAGUGAUGGAACAGACACAACAGGUAGACCUAGCAUGGAAGAAAACUUGUGUAAGAUCUGCAUGGACUCGCCAAUUGACUGUGUGCUGCUGGAAUGUGGACAUAUGGUCACAUGCACAAAAUGCGGCAAGCUCAUGAACGAAUGCCCCAUCUGCAGGCAGUACGUGGUUCGGGCUGUGCACGUUUUCCGAUCCUGAACCAGUGCUUGUUAAGCUGGGAGCAGAAAUGAAGUCCUGUAUUAUUUUUUUUUUUUAUGUUAACAUAUAAGCACCUUUGCCACUUUUGUCUCCCAAUUGAGCUUGGUGAUCCAGAAUUGGUACACUUCCCAGGACAUGUUUAGUUGACGUGUGACUAAUGACAACUGGAUAUACUAGCAAUAACAAAUUAUUCACAUAUUUCUGUUGUUUUAGAGUUUGUGUUGCUAAAGGGUUUAUUAAAGGAUUUUUACAGUAUGUUGCUUUAAACUGCUGCACCAAUCAGUGCUCAGUGGGGUGUGCUGCUGAUAGGCUUUGGGAUAUAGUGUUGAUUGUGAAAGAAACUCAUCUGCUAACAACUCCAUUUUAACUCCGAAAUGUCAGUAGUUGUCUUUUGUAAAGGUUAUUGCCUGCAGAUGCACUGGAUGGGGUUGAAUACAAAGGCAAAAAUGUUGUACUGUUGCUGCUGUAUGCUACUGAAAUGAUUGAUGACGAUGAAGUUAAAUUCCUCCUCACAAGACUAUUUCAGGUCCGAAUUUUGGAUGUUUUUGUGAAACUGUGAGCCCCCCCGCCCCUUCAUUUAUGAGAGGUCAAGCCAAAGAACAGAACUGGAUCCAAACACGGUUUGAUCUCUCCUUUCCCCUCUUACUUCACGCACAUGGUUGAUUACUUAACAGUUGGGUUAAAUAUACUGAAAUAAAGGGAAACUGAAGUCCUGGUAAGAAUAUUCUCUCAGUGAUGUAUAUCUCAAUGCAAUUUUGAAAAUUAUUGAUCAUAAUUCUUACUGCUUUAUGGAAAGGGUGAACCAAUCUUACAGAUUUUUACCUCGUCCAAAAGGGUUUUCCCAAAAGUGUUGUAAUGAAAGUCUGGCUUUGAGCAUUUGCAUUGCUGAAAUACUGAGGAGCUCUUGGGGAAACUGAAACUUUGAUGGCAUCUCCAGAACAAAACUGUUUCACUCUUUAAGGACAAACCAAGAGCAUAUACAUGAAUAUAGAUUUACAACAAUCACAACAAACAUGUAAAACCUUUUUGUGUGCUGAGACAGGAUUGUCAUCUAUAGCUGCUCAAUAUGUGGUUUGUGUUUUAGCAUUAGAGCUAGGAUUAGUUCUCAGAUGUAGUAGAAAAUGGUCUGUUUAGUCAUGUCAGAGAGACAUAGUUGGGACUGAAACUGGCGGCGUUUGGCUUUGAGCGUCAUCAGUCUGAUGUAAGCUUUUAGCCUUGGUUCUAACAUUUAUUGAUAUGUGGUAGUGAUGAUCUACAACAGGGGUGUCCUAUCUUAUCCACAAAGGGCCAGUGUGGCUGCAGGUUUUCACUCAAAACAAGCUGGAGCACCUGAUUCCACUUGUUUAGGCAGUUGGUCUUGUUCUUCAAACUGCAGAUCAGGUGAACUCAUUUGUUGAUGAGAUUGGACACCCCUGAUUUACAGUCUUGAGCUUAAUUCUGUGUCAAGUUGGGCAGUGUGUGGGCUGAAUAUAACAGAAUAUGUAUAAAUUUACAAUUACAAUACUCAAAAUACAUUUGGGGCUAAAAUUCAUCCAGCUGUAGCCAGUGACCUAGCAAGAGCAGGCAGAUUUACAGCUUCUUAUCUCCACACCCUCCUUUUGAGGAAGUAAGUGAAAUAUUAGCACCACUUUAGGACUGGGCUCUGACAUUACAUGGAGGUCCAGAUGAGUGUGCCAAAACAAGAUUACCUUAGCUUUUUAAGCUGCUCUAAGGUUCACGUGGUGGCUAAAUGAUCAAUAAUGCAUCUCAGUGCCUCUGAGUGAUCCAGUAUUAGUGGAUAUAAAUGGGCAAAGUUCUAAGUUACUUGUGCUGAGGUGGAGAGCAUUGUUAAAGAAACGUGCUUUUACAUGUUCCACUUGAGCUGAGCAAAUGUUAAAUAUUUCUGGACUGUUCCAUAGAUGGGUUUAACUGAUGAUCAUGUUCAAAAGUCUUUGUAUAUUCCAUGUUUGAAAGUAUCCAGACACCCUCAAUUCGGCUAACUUAAAGUGAACCAAUUGUACAUUUUAAAUACCUUGAGUGAUCUAGAACUCAUCAACCCACAUCAGUAUCUGACCCUGCUAAUGCUCUUGUGGUUGAAUGCAAUCAAAUCCUUAUAACAGUUCAGCAACAUUUAGAAGAGUAGUUAUCGAUAAUCUUUUGGACAUAGAGUUUCCACAAAAAGGAUAUAGCCUAGUCCGGUACUAUAUUUUCCUUUCAAUGGAGAAUCUCCAUUCAAAAAGCUGUGUAGUCUAGGAUUUGGCUUAGUCUCUGUCUGGGAAACCAAACCAUGUGUACCAGAGAUGAUGUAGCUAUUGAUGACCACAAAAAUGGCACCUUAAAUCAUAACAUGUGAUUUCAAUUACUGGGUUGUAGUAAGUCUGUAAUGAAUGGAGUACCAUAUUCUUCUUGGCAUUCUUAGAGGGCUUUUUAUUGUGAUUAUGUACUUCCCUUGUGAAACUGCUAAUCCGACUGCAAGCCCUAACUCAGGUCUCGAAAGGGUGCUCUAACUGGUUAACUGGUUGCCUGGGGGCUUUACUCUCACAGGAAGCCCUGCUCCCAUGUCUGCUACUCUUAUUGUGGAAUGAUUGGAGACUAACAUAGGGACCCACACAGUUCUCAGGCGAUUCAUCUUUGAAGACAAACUGUUGGUGCCUUAAUGCCUUAAUGCUCUAUUUUUCAGUCACUGCUACUUCUAAAGAGACUGGGUUUUCUAUGGAAUUUAUUUUAACAGGGAGGAGUGACUCCAAGAUGUGGACUGAGUUUUCUAUUUAACAGAGAGGAUGUGCUUUUAUUUUGUAAACGUGUGAUUUGAAUAGUGUCGGAUAAUUGUAUUUUCUGAACCAGAUGUGGUGUAAAAUAUUGGCAAAAUCCUUUUGAGGAAUAUAAUUUUAUUCUUUUUAAAAAAUCUUUUAAUAACCAAAUUGAGACUUCUUGUUCAUACUCUGCAAUUUUUGUAUUAAAACAUAUUCUUGGA